GUCACAGUUGCCAGCAGAGAGCUGCGCAGCCGCUCUGCCUCAGCAGGAGAGGACAGCGCAGCCAUUUCUCUACCCCUCACGAAAAGAAACCUCCAGCGGGGGUUUGUGAGGGUCUUUCACCCAAAUAACUUCCCCGACGUGCGGGAAUCAUGAAGUGAGCAGCACAUACCGAGGCGCAGCUCGAUCCCGGAGCUACAAACUUUCUCCCAAAUGUAACGCCUGCGCAGGCGACACACACACGCUCGGUCUUUUUUCCCGUUGUUUUCUGUCAGAAAUGGAGGGACAUCUGCAAGGCGACUGCGGGGACAUCGUGAUCCUGCAUGUGAAAACGGAAGCGGUGGAUGAGAACACGUCUGCGCUGGUUCUGAGCAGCCGAGGCUCGCCUGCGCCUUGCGGAGAUUCCGCAUGCCGAGGCGGGGAGCAGACUGCCGAGGAGCCGGGAGAGAACACCGCUGCUCCGGGGCUGCUGUACCCGGUGAGUACAGACCGCUUCUUCACCACAUCGGGGGACGGAAAGACGUACCUGAAGAUAGCUCCAGGUGAGAGCAUCAGUGUGAGAGGAUCACUCCCAGGGGCGCACCUUGCAAACAGGCAAGGCAGGCAACUGCUUGGGGCCACGGACCAGAAGGGGCCCCCCAAAGAAGCGUCAGCGAUGCCUCCUUCCCCCUCAGAGAAGACGCUUCUCUCCGGCUCUGAUUUCUCCUCCAAAGCCGUGCUGUGUCUGAUUGAGGCGGUGGGCCGGCGCUGGGGCCUCUACGAGACCCGGGAGCGCUCACAGCUCUUCCAGAGUGUCCAGGAGGAAAUGGCCUCCAAGGGCCACCUGCUUCCUGUCGAAAAGAUCCGCCGCAAGUGGAACAACCUCAUCGUCACGUACAAGAGGGUCAAAGACCGCAGCCAGGAGACGGGACACGCCAAAACGUCCUGGGAGUUCUUCGAUGCGGAUCAUCUGAAAGCAGGAAACUACAGAGGAGGAUUGAAAUGGGCAAAGAUCUUGAGGAUCCACAAAGUGCGGUGUGAUUGUAAACUGUGCAAACCAGGAAGUAAGGAUCUGGAUGAUGAGAAAAACGAUGACGAGUGUUUCAUAUGUAAAACUGAAGAAGAAGAAGACGAGUUUGUGAUGUGUGAUACCUGCCCCCGCUCCUUCCAUAAGAAAUGCCACCUUCCUCAUGUAGAGGACAACAUCAUAGGGUGAGCUUUGAAUCAAAACAAAAGAACAAAAAAAUGUGUUCCCCUUGAAUCUGGAUUAAUACUUGAUUCUGGUUGGCUGCAGGUUGUUCAUUAUUUUCUUAUAAAGGACACCUACCAAGUAGUUCAAGAGACAUUGUUUUUCCACCAGUCUAAACUCAUGGAUGUAUCUAAAUGAUAGCAAUGUGACUUGCUUUGGCCUCGAAAACUGACAUCCAUAAAAAAAUGUAGAUUAAACUUCAACUGGAGAACACUACUUAAUUCAAUACAUUGUAUUGUAAUGCAAGUCACCUAAUCUACUUUAUUUCGGUAAAAGCAUCGCUGCCUUGGCAGAGACCCUGCUUUAUUACAUGUUAAACUAACUGUUCAACUUUAUAAAUCAGCUUCUAAAUGCUCUACGCAAGUGUUAUGUCACGUGGUUUCACUUAUUUAAAGAGGGAUCGAUGUUAUAUACUGUUGAA